AUGCAGAAAUCGGAGAAUGCAGUGAUAGUCGUUGGAGCAGGCCCUUCUGGCCUCUCUGCUGCUGCAUGCUUCACAGAACACUCUGUUCCUUACAUAAUCCUUGAAAGGGAAGAUUGUUUUGCUUCACUAUGGAAGAAAUAUUCCUAUGAUCGUCUUCACCUUCACCUCAAAAAGCAGUUUUGUGAGCUUCCUCACAAGCCAUUCCCUUCUUCGUUUCCAGAAUAUGUUCCCAAGAAGCAGUUCUUGCAGUACCUGGAUGACUACGUUUCUCACUUCAGAAUCAGUCCUCUGUAUCGCAGAACAGUGGAGCUGGCAGAGUAUGAUGAAGGUUCUAAGAAAUGGAAGGUGAAGGCUAGGAAUGGAGACUCUGGUGAGGUUGAGGAAUAUGCUUCGAGUUUCUUGGUGGUGGCUACUGGAGAAACCGCUGACCCUUUUGUGCCGGUGGUGGAAGGAUUGAAGAGCUUCCCUGGGAAGGUGCUUCAUUCAACUGGGUUUAAGUCUGGGAAGGAUUUCAAAGAUGAACAUGUUCUUGUUGUUGGGUCUGGGAAUUCUGGCAUGGAAAUUGCAUUGGACCUGGUUAACCAUGGUGCCAAAACUUCCAUUGUGGUUCGAAGCGCGGUUCAUUUUCUAUCAAGGGAGAUGGUGAAUUUGGGGUUGUUUAUGCUGAAGCAUUUGUCGUUGAGCACGGUGGACUCAAUGAUGGUGAUACUUAGCAGGAUUGUGUACGGGGAUGUCACCAAGUACGGGGUAGCUAGGCCCAAUGAGGGUCCCUUUUACAUGAAGGUCAAGUACGGCAAGUAUCCAGUUAUUGACGUUGGAACCUAUAAGAAAAUUAAGUCUGGAGAGUUAAAGGUGUUGCCAGCAGAAAUAGAAAGCGUGAAAGGCAAGGAUGUCUUAUUCAAGAAUGGCAAAUUGCACCCAUUUGACUCCAUUGUUUUCUGCACCGGCUUCAAGAGAUCAACUCACAAGUGGCUCAAGGGAGAUGAUUACCUUCUGAGUGAGGAUGGUCUUCCCAAGCCAAGUUACCCCAUUCAUUGGAAGGGAAAGAAUGGUUUGUAUUGCGUUGGAUUAUCAAGGAGAGGUUUCUAUGGAGCUGCCGCAGAUGCUGAAAAUAUAGCAAAUGAUGUGAGCUACAUCAUGCAACAUCCUUAA